AUGGCAUCUAGCAAUAUCAAUCAAUUAAAAUUAUGCCAAUUUUCUGACCCUAUGGACACUCUUCGAGCAUCUGAAGUCUUAUGGAAUAAGGAUAUUUUUUCUAUUAUUCAAGGAGAACAAAAAAAGAAAUCAAUUUUAACAAUAGAUGAGUUAUUAAAAUGGUUAUCAAAACCAGGAAUUAAAAAUAAUAAAAAGAUUAGGUCAAAACCUAUACCAAAGACAGACGAAGAAUGGUUUGAUUUAAUGGAGUCAAAUGAUAACAAUAAAGGUAGUGAACCCAGUGAUUCAGAAUAUGACACAGCAGAUGAAGAUCCAGAUAUUUAUUUCGAGAAAAUUGUAGAUCUAUAUAUUAAUAGAAUAUCAGAAGCUGAAAAAUUUAAUAAAGGUGAAGUAUGUGAUUAUUACGCAUCUGUUCCUAAAGAAUAUUUUGCUAAAGGUGAGCCAUUAGCUUUCUUUGAGUCAGUCGAGGAAAAAAUUGCUAAUGUAUAUAAAAGAGAAUUAAGUUUAAAAGAAAUUAUAAGAGAAGAUUUAAUUAAUGCAAGUAUAGAAAAAGGAUAUAAUGAAAUUAUAGAUGAAAUAGAAGAUGAGACAUUACAAGAAUCUGAAUGCGCAUUCAGACCAUUGCAAGGUAGUAGUUAUCUACCUUUACCAGAAGCUUUAAAUAAACCACAACUAGGAAUAAUUAAUCCACAAAAUAGGGAUGAUAAUGAAUCAAAUUUUGAAGGUAUAAAAUUUCUGGCAACACUCCAUGAUAUAGAUAAAUUCGAAGAAAGCAAUCCUAAUUAUGCUAUCAAUAUAUUUAAACCAUUUUAUAGAGAAGCUUUUGGAAAAAUAAAAGUAGAUAUAGAUCCAUUACAUAUUUCAGAAUGUAAUUAUCAAGUAGAGUAUAUGAUAGAUUUAUUAUAUUUAACAGAAGGUGAAGAGAGUUUAAAUGAUCAAAAAAAUCAAAAUGAUAUACCAGAAGGCUUAAAAACACAUUAUGUAUAUAUAACAGAUUUUGAGCAAUUAAUACAUAAUCGAUUAGAUUUAUUACAGAAACAUAUUCUUACAUGUCCAGAUCCAAAUAAGGCUUUACAACGUUUAAUUCUCUCAGAAGAAGAAGCCAAAGAAAUUGAAGCAGAUAAAAAAGAUAAAGAAGAAAAUACUAUAAAAGAAGCGAAGCAGAUAGCAGUUUCAUAUGGAUAUACUAUUUAUUGUUCAGAUAGAACAACACAAAAACCAGUGAUUAAUCGAGAAUCAGAAAAUAUAAUAAAAGACUUAAUGGAAAACCUUCAAGAAGAUCUAGAAGUUAUUUUAGAUAAGCUUCAUGAAAUAGCUCCAUGUGAAAAAAUAACACCUGAAUUAUGGCGAAAAUAUCAAACUGCAAACAAAUGUUGGAUAUGUGAAGAAAAAUUACAUGAAGCUGGAUAUAAUAAAAUUUGUGUAUUCGAUCUUGAAACCAAAAAAUAUUUGGGUGCUUCGCAUAGAAAAUGUCACAGGAAAAAAUUAAUGAUUCAAG